AUGGCGAACGUGCAUAGGCGAAACACAGCCUUCGUUGCUAGCACGCUAUACUUUCUAUCGAUACCCUUCUUGAUUCUCGUCAUAAUCGGCAAUACCCAUAUCAAUUCGACAUUGAACGACAUAUACUUCUUUAAGCUUGAUGUUUCUCAAGUUAUACCGAUCUCGGUCGAUAAUUCGAGGCUGCUUAAUUCUGUUGCUCGAAGUUUAGGUCUGCAUGACUUCUACCAGGUUGGACUAUGGAACUUUUGCGAGGGUUACAAUGAUGAGGGCGUUACCUAUUGUUCUAACCCCAAACAAUGGUACUGGUUCAACCCUGUCGAGAUUCUCGUGAGCGAACUGCUCGCCGGAGCUCGGAUUGCACUUCCUUCUGAGGCCGUCACUGUCCUCAACUUGCUCAAGAUAGGCUCUAGAAUCAUGUAUGGGUGUUUCAUGGCCGGUAUAUGCAUCGACUUUGUCCUUAUCCCCCUAAGCCUCCUCGUUAUUCGCACCCGUUGGUGGAGUUUGGUUAUAACGAUUCUCGCUUUCUGUACAGCAGUUCUUAUUUCGCUAGGAGCUAUCAUUGCAACUGUCAUAAGUGUUGCUGCUAAGGUCGCACUCACGGCGCAGGAUCAGCUCAAUAUCAAGGCGAACAUUGGCAUCAAGAUGUUUGUCUUCAUGUGGCUGGCUGCCAUCUUCACCGAUCUUCAGUUUCGAGGCCCUGCUGAUGAACAAAUUUGGCGUGGAAAGAACACCUUUGGCCCAGAAUUCCAAGAUGGUCCUGAAGCUAGACCUCUUGAAGUUCUGGGACCCGGACAUGAAAUCAAAAGCCGCGAUAACGAGGAUUGCGCGCUCAUUUAG